AUGGCGGAGGGCUUCGGGCGCUGGGAGUCGGAUCCGCUCUUCCCCGCGGCCGAGUGCGUGCAGGACUCCGCCGACAGGAUGGACGGUGUCUACCGCUUGCUUUUGCAUGAAAAGAAAGUUAUACAAGAUGACACUUCAGAUGCAAAACUUCAUGCACCGAUACAGUAUGAGAGAGAUGUGGCUACUGCUCUCGGAACUACCAAGUGGCAGUUAGAGCAAUUUGAGAGGGAGGUGAAUGCAGCUGCAUUCUCUGAUAAGUCAACUUCAAGGGAAAAUGCAAUCUUAAAGUUCAGGCAAUUCAUUAGAGCUAUAGCUGAGCAAAUUUCUGAGGUGGAAGAAAGCUUGAAGACUCUUAGGACAGAUUUCAGUAGAACUCCGAAAUCUCCAUACUCCUCAAGUGAACAGGAUGGAGAUGGGCUGGCAUCUUUCCUUUCUGGUGGCAACAGUCAUAGUCAUGCAUACUACUCCACUGAUACAAAUGAAAUUACUGAACUUAAGCUCGACAGUGCACCUAUGGUAAAUGGUUAUCAUUCUGCCCAAGAACAUACAACACGUGAACUCAGAUAUUCAGGAAAUGAUGUGGAAGGGGCAUCAAAAUUGCAAUGUUCACGUGGAGAAAGUGCAUCCGAAGGAGAUCAUUACGGUAGCACUUUGUGUAGUUUGGAUGCUGAUGAUUCGUUAGGUACAAGCCAUCAUUACAAGAACAAACUGAGCAGUCAGUACCGCAGUUUUAUGAGAAACUUAUGGUUUACGAAUAGAGACCAUCAGAGCUUUACAAAGAGGAGGAAAGAUGGAGAAGUUGUUGAUGGCUUGAGAAAUGGAAAUAUAUUACCUCCCUUCAACCUACGUACAUCAGGAAGGACUACGUAUUGCUGGCCUGAACUUAUCAAGAGAACAUUAAGUAGAUCUGAAUAUUCUACACGCUACAAUCACCCUCAACUUUUUGUAGCAACAUCACUACUAGUUGCACUUGCUGUCCUUGGCUUGCUGGUUUUGCAUGUCAAGUGA